GCUUCUGAGCUCCAGUCCGCAGCGGACACUUCAGAGCCAGUCACCGGAGGAGUGGAAGUGUUUUCUCCCGCUGUGAGGAUGAGUGUCUUGCUGGCUGAGAGCUGCUUCAUGUCCGCCAUGCAGCCCAACUCCUCCUGCACCGCCUAUGUUCUUCCCUCGGACGGUCCCCCCCCGGACCAGCUGGCUCGAGCCCGCCGUGUCCAGGAGCAGGUCCGGAUGCGGCUGGCGGAGAAGAAGUCCUCCUCCCUGCCCCGGCUGGACGACUCGCUGGUCGGAUCAACAGGUGGAACACAUCACGACUUCUAUCAUCCUGAGGCAAAGAGCUUUUCACACACCCUUGGUUUCAGUUCCAGAUCCAUGGUACACACACCCAGUCGCGUCAUGGCUAUGCCCACCGCCCCCCUGCGCUCCUCGGGGGUGUCGGCCCGCUCGGCGGUGGAGAGCGGCUCGCUGAGCCACCGGGGGGGCAGCGUGGUGCAGAGCAGCUUCCUGUCCUCUCACAGCAGGAACACUCGCUCCAAGUCCCUGUGCCAAGCAGACCUAGAGACCCUCCCCCUCUCUGUGCCCGCUCCCCCAGAGAACCCCUGCUACUCCAUCUCUGUGCCCCCCCCCGGCACCCUCAGGCGCAGCCUCAGCGGGACCCUGGCCCAGGACAGGGGCCUCUUUCAGCAGGAGGCGGAGCUACCCUCUCAGUACACCUAUAAAGGCCCCUCCCACCGCACCAUCAGCCGCAUCACCAACCGCCAGCAGCACAGCCAGCAGCAGAGCGCCGCCUUCGGACAGGAGGGCUGGGGGGGGACCGGCAGGGGGGUCCCCACGGCAGGGGAUGGCUGGGGGACGCAGUGGCAGCAGCAUGUGUCCAGGGCCAACCAUGUCUCGGGGAACGGGCUGUACCUGGCCCCCAUCCGCCGGACCGCCUCCACCCACAGCGUGAGGAGUGUGGGGAGGGGAGUGGACAUCCUGGAUGGAGCGUCCAUACACAGCAACGACCCUCUGGAGGAUAUGCGGGGUAUGGACAUGCCUACAGCUGUCCGAUAUUUGUUGGAGUCAGAUGCUGGCCUGCAAGUUCUGGGAGCCGCGUACAUACAACACCAGUGUUACCAUAGCAACGAUGCCAAAAACCAGGUCCGUGCUCUGCAUGGCGUUCUGGCUCUGGUGGAGCUGUUCGGCAGUGACAACCAGGAAGUGCAGCGUUACGCCACGGGCGCCGUGAGGAACCUGAUCUACGAGAACGCUGACAACAAGGCGGCGCUGAUAGACGCUGGAGGAGUUCUGAGUCUGGUCAACAUGCUGAGCAAACCUGACGAGGAGCUGCAGAAGACCAUCACAGGUGUCAUGUGGAAUCUGUCCUCCAGAGACAACCUGAAGGAGAAGCUGUCCAAAGAGGCGUUAUCAGAGCUGACGGAGAAGGUUCUGGUCCCUCUGUGCAGCAGACUGCCUCUGAGCCCGUCUGAGAGAGACGUCUUCUACAACACCAGCGGCUGCCUCAGGAACUUGAGCUCAGUGAAUGAGAGGACGAGACAGAAGAUGAGAGACAUGCGAGGCCUAGUGGACUCUCUGGUGUCUUACAUUCAACAGGAGGACAGGGCAGACGACAAGGGUUUGGAGAAUUCACUGUGUGUGAUGAGGAAUCUGUCCUACCAGCUGUACACGGAGCUGCCUCCGUCCGUCCGGCUGCGUCUGGAGGGCCCGUCCAGGGCCUCCGCCUCCAAGGAGAGUGAGGCCAUCGGCUGCUUCACUAUGUAUAACAAAAAAAACAACGAGCGUAACCAGAAUAUGUUCAUACUGUCUGAAGUGUCCCGACAACCUAAUGGCGCUGAGUGGCUUUGGCACCCUAACAUGGUGGCGUUGUACAAGCUUGUUCUGCAGAACAGCGACUGCAGCUCCACCAGCCGGGAGGCGGCCGUAGGAGCGCUGCAGAACAUCACUGCAGGAGAGGGCCGGUGGGCGGCGGUUCUGAGUGGGGUGGUGUUGGAGCAGGAGAGGAUGCUGCCCAUCCUGCUGGAUCUGUUAGACACCAACAGUGCCUCGGAGCUGAGGCCUCUGACCGGCCUGCUGAGGAACCUGGCCCGACACUCCACCAACAAAGACCACAUCGCUAAAAACAUGGUGAACAUUCUGGUGACCAAGCUGCCCAGUGACGGCCUUCAGAAAACACCCUGCAGCGAGGUGGUAGUCAACAUCUGUGGAGCCCUCAAUCACCUGGUCACCUGCAGCUCCUUGGCAGCCCGGGACGUCUCAUACUUCAACGGCCUGCCGAAACUGAUUGGAAUCAAGACAUCCCAUGAUAACAGCUCUGGGGGUCUAAAAGCUGCCAGAGCAGCAUCAACUGUCCUCUGCAACAUGUUCCAGUACAGCAAACUGCACAGAGACUACAAGCUGAAAGGAUUUGCCAGACGAGACUUCACAGAUCCCACCAUCUAGUCUGCAGCGAGUUACGCGACUAAUACUGAGCUUCUGACCUGAAGAUAAAGGUUGUUCAGAGAAAAAGACAAGGAACAACAGUUGGAUUUAAUGAGCGGAUUAUCUCACUGUGAUGGACCCAGAGAAGGAGAAAAAUGGACUGGAGCCAGCGGAGCGAAGGACUUACUGUUCGUCCUCUGGCAGGUGCCGUGUGUGUUUAACUUGGCUGAGCUCGCAGCAGAUGUAUCAGCCUGGGAAGAUGGGAAGUUAAUGUUGUCAACACUUACAGUGGACUUCAAUCCCAAAACUACCAAACGCUCUGUGUGUGUUAGGGUUAGACUGAUUAUUUUCAACUAAUGCUGAUAGCUGACAUUAUGCCUACAUUACAGGGACAGAAGCUUCUUUAGUUCCCAGACAAUAACUGGGAUAACCUUUUAGUAUACACAUGCACUUAAUUCAGAAAUAGAAGAAGAUGGGGCCAUAUAUACAUAGUCUAGCUGUAUGUAGCAGCCAUGUGUCUGCAUUACGAGGCUGGGCAAUAAAGAGUCCGCAAUAUCUGUGAACAAAUUCUUAAUCUCUGCAAUUCAAAAUCGAACAUGAUUUCUAAUUCUGGUACCCAAUGUAAAUGUAAUAUUGUUAACUGUUUGGCCCUACUGCUUAGAACAGUGGUCACCAACCUUUUUAAGCCCAAGAUCCCCGACCUCGGCCUUGGUGAAAGGCGAGAUCUACCUAUUGCAGAAUUGAGUGAAAAAGACAGCCCUUUUAUGUAUGUCGGCUAAUUGCAUCUGAAUUACAUCAAAUCAUUUGGUGCAACUUCCAAUUUGAUUAAACCAAGAACACAACAUAACUAACAUGUCAAAAAGGAUAAAUAUAUAUAUUUACAUCAUACCUAUCAUUUUAAGUUUCAUUCAUUCCUUCAUUACAAUCCUAAAUAUAAAUGUAUGUAGCUUAUUUUCCAUUUGUUUGAACGAAUGAGUCAAUUAUUUUGUUGACAGCAA